AACACAUUUCACAAAUGGACUCGCUCGGUGCCGCGUCCAAUCUGGACUUCACCAAGCUCUCCGAGCGCGACAAGCAAGAGCUGCAGCAAUUCGUCGUGCAAGAGAGCCAGAAGGCUGCGCUCCAAUCGAAUAUCCACAAAACGACAGAUAUGUGCUUCAAGAAGUGCGUUACUAGCAAGAUCUCUUCGGCCCAGCUGGAUCGGUAUGAGGCGCCGUGCAUGGAGCAGUGUGUGGAGAGGUUUAUGGAUGCAAACAAGGUGGUGUUCAAAGAGUUGGAUAGGAUGAGGGCGUUGCAGUGAGGGCGGACUAUGGAACUUUGGUUAUUGAUAGGGCAAACUGCCAUGAGACCGCAUGUUGGGUGGUUGCUGUUUGCCGAUGUAUGAUAUUUGAUACGGCAUGGUAGAGGUUCAUGAUCCUGAUGAGUACCUCAAUGGCUGUAGCUACUGAGGUAAUCGUCUUUCGUGGCAAAAAUGAAUAACACAUUGGCGGAAGUAUAUAAAGGUGAGCGGGUAUCUGAGUUGGCACGGGUAUCAUCUUUUGGAACGUAGAUCGCGCAGCGCGCUGAUCCUAUAUAUUGCCAUCAUAACUAUAUGCGGCGAGAAUCCUUAUCCCAGCCACCAUAAGAAAGUAC